AUGACCAUAGUGCACACAGAAGGAAUUUUCACUCAUGAGAUUUCUUGGUGCAGUUGCCCUGGGUCAGAUCCAAUGGACUGGCACCUUGAUUUACUCAGGGAAAUACUCUUUCCAGCCAGUAUAACAAAGCCCAAAACUGCUUUCACCAUUGAUGUUCUUAAUCACUUUCUCAUUGAUGCCCUGGAGUGCAAGACUUCAGCUAUGAUUUUCUAUCAGAAGCUGAAGAGGUUCACCAACAAUGCACUUCCUGACUGUAUACCAGACAGACUGUGGAGGGAUUUGAAACAUAGGAAAUGGUUUGGCUUUGGUCAUGAUAAAGAACAAGAUCCUGGACAAGGAGAACUUGCACUCUUUUGUCCUGCCUGCCCACAACCAGGUAUUAAUUUACUCCAGAUUGGAAAACCUGAUAUGACAGGUUUGGAUGAUACCAUAAUGAGGCAAUAUGUCAUGGAUGGCAACUUCACUGCUCAGCAUAUGAAAAUGAACAAGCCUGAGUUGGAUGUGUCAUUAUCAGAUGGAACUGGUUACAUGGUUGCUGAAGAGCCCUACCAGGCCCAUCUUGAGCAGUCUUUGGAUAACAAGGAGAGAUCCACCUGCAGCAAUCACAGGGCAAUCAAUGCUGCUAAUAUUAGCAAGCCCAAUCUCCAGUCUACUGGAAUUUGUGCCACAGCCUGUGCUCAGCAUGGUUGCUUUGUUCCCCAUUCUGUGGUGGAUUGUCAGAAAGGGGAAAAGUGA